ACUCUGUUUUGGGUUAUUUAACGAGCAUUGGCAAGAAAAGACAGAAGUGCCGUUUGAUAUGCAGAUUUGGGAUUGAUCAUAUUCCAUUCUAUCAGGAAUUGUUUUUGUAAGAUAUAGGAACUGGUCCUUGAUCCACCGAACCUGCAGAAGGUCUUCCUCAGGGCGAGUUCAAUACGUCACAAGAAAAACUUGCUCCCGAGGUCACGCUCGCCCGAAACACGACUCUGUAUUUGUUUAUUCCCGAAGUUUCGAUGGUGACUAUCGAUUUUUAAAUUAAUGUGACGUAUAUAAUUCAUUGUACCGAAUUAUCAGAUUCCUGGCACGCAGCUGUUCGGUAGCCAUGGUAUAUAUUUGAUUAUAAAAAACACGCCACUGGAAAUGCUCUCUUUAGGCUUUUGAAGACAGAAGCUUAUAAGUGAUAGCCGGUUCUCAAAGAUUACUUCAGACGAUUUCGGACACCAGAGAAGGAAGCAUCCCUAUUAAUAUAUGAUACAUGAUACAAUAACUGGGAAUUUAUCAUGAACUGAGAUGUUGUUUACGAUUGUCAUUGACUUCUCAUCGUUGUCUCAUCUGCUACCUGUAAGCAAGCGUACUCGUCGUUUUAGCUCUUAGAGUGCGGAUCUCUACCUGCAACUGGUUUAUAUCGGACAUUAACGUCAAAGUUUCCACAGGACAUUUUAAUCGUCAUAUACUUAGUUUCUUAUUAAUCAACUGCAGUAUUGUUUUUAGUUUCGUGAUUUGAUAUCAUCUGACAUCAUACGCUUAGACAUAAUGAAAGAUUUCACAUCGUCUUAUUUCUCAUCGUUUUAAAUAAGUUUGGACAGAUACGUAAUUCCAUCAACUCAUUGCGGAAGCGAUCGAGCUCUAUACAGUUACAUUUGUAACACUCGACAAAAGUAAAACAAACAUUUCAUCUGACUUAGUUCAUAGUUCGGGCCUCAUUCACAAGCACUCGGAAAACCACAGGUAUUCGGAUAGUCUUAUCGCAAAGAUCUAAACGGGCAGUUACCUACACUUUCACAAGAUGGGGAACCGGAAGUACAAAACGGACGCAGGCAGUCAAACCGGAAGUGAUUACGUCUAUGACAACCCAAUAGCAAGUACUGUGUCCAAUGGGAAUGGAAUCGCCGUGAUAUCCACGGGGAACGUCGGCAUAGGCCUACAUACAAACGGAGCCCCCAAACGUGACGAUGUGAAGGAGGAUGAGAGGAAGCACCGUUUGACAUCCGUGUCAAAGGUUGAGAGAGAUGACACCGUCGACCAAGACGGCAAUGACAACGUGGAGACAAAGUUCGGAUGGCUGUGGUUUCGUCCAAAAUGCUUGCAGGCCUUCAACACGCCCUUGGGUUACUGUUUUAUGCUAUGCCUGGUCUCCCUCAUACAAGGCAUGACGGCGUUUGGCUUCGUCUUCAUCGGCCUUUCUACCCUGGAGAAACGUUUCUUCCUGACCAGUUUGCAGACUGGUAGCAUAUCAAGUGCUUAUGAUUUUUCGUCGCUUAUCAUAGCUGUUAUCGUCAGUUAUAUGGGCGAGAGGGGACAUCGACCACUCUGGGUGGGUUAUGGCUGCAUGCUGUUCUGCGCAGGGUCCAUCACCUUCGCCAUCCCUCAUUUCGUAACGCCAAAUUACGUCCACCAAGAGGUGGACUCAGGCUACUGCGGUCUGCCAAACGAGACUACCACCUGUGACCAGCUUGCUGACGGCAUGAUGGGUUCAGAGGACACUCCUUUAUCCAGCUACUACUGGUUUUUCAUCGUUGCCCAGAUAUUACACGGCGUCGGAGCUGCGUCUCUUUACACGCUCGGUGUGGCCUACGUGGAUGACAAUGUUUCUUCCCGACAAUUUGGCACAUUCAUGGGCAUAUACCAAUCGAUCGUUGUGGUAGGGCCUUCUCUUGGUUACAUCAUAGGAGGGGCCUUCCUUAAUAUUUACACCGACCUCAACGUUGAUGAAAACAGCCUUAACAUCGAUGUGAAUAGUCCUCUGUGGGUAGGUGCCUGGUGGAUAGGAUUCCUAAUGAACGGUCUUCUUCUCUUCAUCUUUACACUCAUCUAUAUGGGAUUCCCAAAGGCUCUGCCAGAGCGAGAGAAAGUAAUGGCGGAGCGACGAGUGGAGACGCAGAAAGGGCGCGAUUUCACCACCGAGAAGGGUGCACUUAAUCAUCUCAAAGCCUUACCCCGUGCCAUUUUCAGUCUCUGCACCAACCUUCCUUUCAUGUUCUUGAAUGGGGGCGCUGUCGCGGCGUUCUUCAUGGUGGCCGGUGUGAGCGUCUUCGGUCCCAAGUACGCGGAGGACCAGCUGAGCAUGACUCCGAGUGAAGCCGCUUAUGCCAUGGGCGUUAUUUCGGUCGUGGGAGGCAUCACAGGCGCCCUCAUCGGUGGGAUCUUGAUCAAUCGCUUGGAUCUCAAGUUCCCUGGUCUAAUGAGGCAAAGCAUCAUCUCUACCUUCCUGGCAAUCUUCGCAUGUGGAAUCUUCUUCGCAGUUUGCCCUACCGUCGACUUCGCUGGAGUGACCGUAGGAUAUAAAAACAGUGAACCUUUCGAGGGCUCGUUCGAACUGAACGCUACGUGUAACUCGCGCUGCUCUUGUUCAAGCAGCUAUGAUCCAGUAUGCGGGAGCGAUGGGAUCCAGUAUUACUCGGCCUGUCACGCUGGCUGUGAAGUAGACAUCUUGAGCACCGGGGAAGUGAUAUUCAGCGAAUGCAAAUGUGUACAGGACUUGGAAUCACCUAGCGGGCUUGGAACCGUAGAGUGGGGUGCCUGUUCCUCGUCAUGCUCAUAUAGAUGGCUCUACUUUGUAGGCUUAGCCGUCAUAAUCAUGCUUGGUGCUAUAUCGGGUGUAUCGGGUUGGACGGCUACUAUCAGAUGUGUGCCUCACAGCCAGAGGGCGUUUGCCAUGGGCAUCCAAACACUCUUCUACGGUCUGUUAGGAUCUGUACCUGGUCCCAUAGUAUUUGGAAUACUGUUGGAUAGCUCGUGUCUGCUAUGGGAGACGAACUGUGACGGCUCGGCCAAUUGUUGGCUUUACGACAACAAGAUGUCCGCUCGGGGGUUCCUGAUCCUCACCGCCAGUUGCGAAGUCAUCGCCACCACUUGUCUCAUCCUCGGACUGGUGACGUACAAAUCGCCGAGCGAGCAAUCGGAACUCGAUGGCGGGAUGAAAGAAGAGUUUGCAAGCCAAGACGAACUGGAUACCAUUGCAUAGAUUGCUCUCCAUCGAUCACCUUCACUAUCAUUAUGGUGGAUGCAUGGUGGAAGUCGAUGAACAAAGACUUAUAAUCUAGGCAGUAUCAGACGAGACACUUUCAGACGACUUAUGCUUGCCGAAAGGGUGGGUAGCGUCACUAUUCCUUAAAUUCUAUUAUAAACGACUGAUGUGGAAGACUAUUCAACGCACCCUUUUGGCAAAACCGGGGGGGGGGGGGCUUUGGACGAAUGCUCACGUUCCAGUCAACGCGAUGCGACGCGACACUCCUGACCCACCCUUUCGGCACAACCCGGGAGGGGGGGGGGGGGGGGCUUUGGACGAAUGGUUGCGUUCAAGUCAACGCGACGCGACGCGCCGCUACCCACCUUUUCGGCAUAAGCCCUUUUAGCCUGUCAGGACAGAACUCUCUUUCGGCGGAGCAUGCCUAUUUCUAUCUACCUAUCGCGUCACUAAACUUACUUAAAAAUGGCAUCGCAAAGAUCAUUUUGCGGAGUCAUUUUAUUCAAGUCGCACGUCUAGGCUUAGAAUACCUUUUCCAUAAAGGAGUGCUUAGGAUAAUCGUUGGAGCAUUAUGAAUUUGGGGAUGCAGGGAGGUACACUUCAAAAUCAAAAGCAAAAAUAACUUCAAGAUCACAUUCUCCUACGACAUACACUUUUGGUUUCUUUGUCUAUACUUCCCGUCAGAAUCACCUCGGGAAAUGGUCGGUAUCAAUACAAUACAAGGAUAUAUACUGAGGAUGUAUUGAUAAUAAUAUUGAUACAUGGCAUUCAUGCAUCCAACAUAAUCAAAACUCAGAUAAAAGGACAAAAUAGUUUUUUUAAAGUGAAAAGUUGACAGGGUCUAUCUAGAGAUGUAUGUCUAUGGAAUAUGCGAGGUUGCAAAAAUCUUUCGAUUUAAAGUCCUGCCAGUAGAAUUGCUACUAGAUAUCAAUAAUGUAUCACUGUCAGAUAUCUAGAAGUGUUUGUGGGAAACUGUUCACGUGUCCCCUGUCUAGAUCUGUAAAAUAAUGGCAAAGCCUAUCUUAAUAUGACACGAAACACGUUUCUGGGGCCUAUCUCAUAAAACUUGAUAUCAAACUGCUAAAUUUCUAUAACAAAUUUGCUCUUAGCCAAUCAGAUACCACGAUUUCAGUAACUAAUAACAGUUAUCGUAACUUGUUAUUAAUAUCAAGUUUUAUGAAACAGGGCCCAGGUGUAAUUUGUUUCAUGACCUCUGUAACUGCCAUCAUUAAUCCCACGCUUAUGUUUAAUGAUUUCCGUAAUACCUCAGAAAUAUAUAUUUAAAGGUAAAGACCAGUUAUGGUCAUG